AUGAGCUCAGAAGAACACAAGAAGAAGCUUCUUGAUGCUUCCGGUGCCGAGAAGAAAGAGGAGCUCGACACCUCUACAGCAAUCUUGAAGAAGAAGAAGAAGCCCAACUCCCUAAUUGUUACCGAUGCCGUUAACGAUGACAACUCCACGAUCUCGCUCUCCAAUAAUACCAUGGACGUCCUCGGACUGUUCAGAGGCGACACAGUCCUUGUUCGAGGCAAGAAGCGCAAGGAGACGGUUCUGAUUGUGUUGGCCGAUGAUGAACUCGAUGAUGGAAGCGCCCGCAUCAACAGGGUUGUCAGACAUAAUCUUCGCGUAAAGCACGGAGAUAUCAUCACAGUCCAUGCUUGCCCUGAUAUCAAAUAUGCCAAGCGUAUUGCCGUCCUCCCCAUCGCCGAUACUGUUGAGGGCCUGACCGGCUCUCUCUUCGAUGUAUACCUCGCCCCCUACUUCCGUGAUGGAUACAGGCCAGUGAAGCAGGGUGACCUUUUCACAGUAAGAGGAGGUAUGAGACAGGUCGAAUUCAAGGUCGUCGAGGUGGAUCCCCCAGAGUACGGUAUCGUUGCUCCGGACACCAUCAUUCACAGCGAGGGCGAGCCGAUCCAACGCGAAGAUGAGGAGAACAACUUGAACGAGGUUGGCUACGACGACAUCGGUGGUUGCCGGAAACAGAUGGCUCAGAUCCGGGAAUUGGUCGAGCUUCCGCUCCGCCAUCCUCAGCUGUUCAAGUCCAUUGGUAUCAAGCCGCCUCGUGGUAUCCUCAUGUAUGGCCCUCCUGGUACUGGUAAGACGCUCAUGGCUCGUGCUGUCGCGAACGAAACCGGUGCUUUCUUCUUCCUGAUCAACGGUCCCGAGAUCAUGUCAAAGAUGGCUGGUGAGUCUGAGUCGAAUCUUCGAAAGGCUUUUGAGGAGGCCGAAAAGAACUCGCCCGCUAUCAUAUUCAUUGAUGAAAUCGAUUCCAUCGCCCCCAAGCGUGAGAAGACCAACGGAGAGGUUGAACGCCGUGUCGUUUCUCAGCUUCUGACCCUUAUGGACGGCAUGAAGGCGCGUUCCAACGUUGUCGUCAUGGCCGCCACCAACCGUCCCAACUCUAUCGAUCCCGCUCUCCGCCGUUUCGGCCGCUUCGACCGUGAAGUCGACAUUGGCAUUCCCGACCCCACUGGCCGUCUGGAGAUUCUAUCGAUCCACACCAAGAACAUGAAGCUUGGAGAUGAUGUGGACCUAGAGACUAUCGCUGCCGAGACCCACGGUUACGUUGGUUCCGAUCUUGCCUCUCUCUGCUCUGAGGCUGCCAUGCAGCAGAUUCGUGAGAAGAUGGACCUCAUCGAUCUUGACGAGGACACAAUCGACGCGGAAGUCUUGGACUCUCUUGGUGUUACCAUGGAGAACUUCCGCUAUGCCCUUGGUGUCUCCAACCCCUCCGCUCUCCGCGAAGUCGCCGUCGUCGAAGUUCCGAACGUCCGCUGGGAGGACAUUGGUGGUCUGGAGGAGGUCAAGCGCGAGCUUAUCGAGAGCGUCCAAUACCCCGUGGACCACCCCGAAAAGUUCCAGAAGUUCGGUCUCUCACCUUCUCGUGGUGUUUUGUUCUAUGGUCCUCCUGGUACGGGUAAGACCAUGCUUGCCAAGGCCGUUGCCAACGAGUGCGCCGCGAACUUCAUCUCUGUUAAGGGUCCCGAGCUGUUGAGUAUGUGGUUCGGUGAGUCUGAGAGCAACAUCCGUGACAUCUUCGACAAGGCCCGUGCCGCCGCUCCCUGUGUUGUGUUCCUCGACGAGUUGGACUCCAUUGCCAAGUCUCGUGGUGGCUCUGUAGGAGAUGCUGGCGGUGCUUCCGACCGUGUCGUCAACCAGCUUCUGACUGGUAAGUUAAUCUCUUCAAACCUAAUGUAA